AUGUUCCCCGAAUAUCAACAAAAAGUCUACGAGGAACUAUUGACCAUAUUUCCAGAAGGAGGAGAUAUUGACGUCACCUAUACAAAUAUUCAAGAUAUGACCUAUAUGGACAUGGUUAUCAAUGAAUCAAUGCGCGUAAUAACACCAGUUCCUUUCGUAGGACGUGAGAAUACACAAGAUAUUGAACUAUCCAAUGGAAUGGUUGUACCAGCUGGAGUACAAUUUAUUGUUAACAUUUUCGCCCUGCAUAGACGUUACGAUUUGUGGGGUCCCAACGCUGACAUGUUCGAUCCCGACCAUUUUUUGCCUUGUAACAUAGAAGACAAACAUCCGUAUGCAUUUAUUCCAUUUACCAAGGGAAUUCGGAACUGUAUAGGUUGGAAAUAUGGGCUUAUGUCUACGAAGGCAACCUUGGCAAAGUUAUUAAGGAACUUCAAGUUUUCCACUGAUUUCCAAUAUGCUGAUUUGGAGUUUGAUUAUGCAAUUGUGAUAAAACUAAAGAAGAUUCCCGGUUUGAAGAUUGAAAAUAGAUAA